AUGCCGGGCCAGGCCGCCCCGCCGUUGUUGGGGGGAGAGGGUGGGGGGUCCCAGGGGGCUUGGGGGGCCGUGGCUACCAUGCUCCGCUCCCUCUUGCUUCACGCCCUGAGGCUCUGCGCCCAGACCGCCUCGUGCCUCACGCUCUUCCCGCGCUUCCUCUGCACGGCCUUCAUGCUCUGGCUGCUCGACUUCCUGUGCAUCCGCAAGCAUUUUCUGGGCCGGAGGCGCCGGGGUCGGCCCGAACCCGCGGUAGAGCUCAACAGUGAGGAGGAGGAGGUGCCCCCCGACGACCCGCCCAUCUGCGUGUCCGACGACAACCGCCUGUGCACCAUGGCGUCGCUGAAGGCGGUGUGGCACGGCCAGAAGCUGGAUCUCUUCAAGCAGGCGCACGAGGGCGGCCCGGCGCCCAAUUCCCAGGUGGUGCUCCCCGACGGCUUCCAGUACCAGCACAUCCUCGACUACGCGCGAGGGGACCGUCCGCUGGUGCUCAAUUUCGGCAGCUGCACCUGACCACCGUUCAUGGCGCGGAUGAGCGCCUUCCGGCGCCUGGUCACCAAGUACCAGCGCCACGUGGACUUUCUCAUCAUCUACAUCGAGGAGGCGCACCCCUCCGACGGCUGGGUCACCACCGACACCCCCUACAUCAUCCCACAGCACCGAAGCCUGGACGACCGGGUCAGCGCCGCCCGGGUUCUGCAGCAGGGUGUGCCCGGCUGUGCCCUGGUCCUCGACACCAUGACCAACUCCAGCAGCUCAGCCUACGGUGCCUACUUCGAGCGGCUCUACGUCAUCCAGAGUGGCAUCAUCAUGUACCAGGGCGGCCGCGGCCCUGACGGCUACCAGGUCUCGGAGCUGCGCACCUGGCUGGAGCGCUAUGACGACCAGCUGCACGGCGCCCUGCCCCGUCCCGUGUAGGCAACCGAGGGACCGUGGGCUGAACUUGGAGGGCCCCGCCUUCGCGCCUUCGAAGCCCACGUGCAAACAAGGUCCCAAACCAGGCCAGGUUUGGCGAGGGCCCGGUGACCAGCUGUGCUGAGCCACAGGUCGCAGGCUGGGUCUGCACCCUCAGCCACGCCAUCUGAAGGCCCACCCCCCCACCCCCCGCACCCCGUCCUCUGCUUCUGUGACUGCCCCUGCCUGGCUCGUUCUAAAUCCCCUUCUGCGUUGUGGAUGUGGUGCUACCCUUUGCCGCGUGCCCCUGGACUUGUCCCACAGAGACCCCUGCAGUGUUCUCUCGCGCCCCCUCCCCAGAGAAAAGGGCCCAGCCUUUGCCAGGGUCAGCGGCCUCUGCAGAGAGACGCUGGCCGCGCCCUGGCACCUGCGCGCAGCUGUGCUCAGCUGGGCGCGCAGCCCACCCUGGCCGCCCCGCACCACACCUGCCGCCUGGGGCGGGGAUGCCGGCUGUUUUGUGUCUUGUUUCGUGUCCGUGAGG